AACAUCUACUGCUGGAUUUCACCAGGAUCCCCCAGAUCAUCUUACACCGGAUAGGUAGAUUAUUGAACAUGGCAGAGGCUAGUUAUGAUGAAUAUGAAGAAAACCAAAUGAAUUUACGAGCUGCACUGGCGUCGUUAGGCCCAUCACUAGGGGUAGGAUGCCCAUAUCUUCCUCCCAGGCACCUACUAGAUCCUGCAGAGGGGCCAAGCAGUGCACCUUCGGGUUGGAGCAAACCUAUGAUGACACCCAGCAGGCAGCCUGAUGAUCAACCACCAUUACCUACUGGGAAGCCACUGUCCAUCUCGUCAUCACCGGGGAACCUCAGUAUCGAUUUCGGCCCAACCAGCACCCCUGCCAGUCCUGAGAAUUCCGAGGAUCGACGACCACCGUCACCCCACCAAUAUAAUUAUCCGCCACCACCCAUUCCAGGCGUACUGGCUAUGUUCAUGGUCAUAGCAGAUGACAUAAAGCUUGAUCUUGCCGAAGCUCAUCAUGUUGCAAAGUUCUUGGCUCAUCCGCUGGAGUCCUAUGAUACCAACGCUGACCUUAAGCCUCAAAUCACCUCUAUGACCACAGCAGUUUAUGCCCAAUUCAUGAAGGGUCUGGCGCACCCCGAGCCACGUCGGUCCUUUGAACGGAUGCGCCGCACCCUGUACAAACGCAAAGUAAAGGCUGGGAAUUGGCAGCUGACCCGAGACAAUCUGGAACUGAGGCAGCAAAUUCGGGAUGCACAGCAGACCAUUAUCAACCUACAAGAGCAGGUGGUGCAACUUCGAGAUGCACAGCAGACCAUUAUCGACCUACAAGAGCAGGUGAUGCAGCUGACCUCUGAUCUGCAGCAUAUGGCUCCCUAUACCCAGGGGGGCCCGAACGGAGGGCAGAAUUAUGGAUAGAAUUAUGGAGGCUAUUAUUAUUAUUAAUAUAUCAACUUCAACGCCAUAACUGGAUAUAAGGACAAUGCUGAUUAUUGAUGAUUAUGCAUACCUAUGUUAAACAUAUUGGUAGGAUUGUAUACUUUAUGUGACAGUACAAUUACUGUGCAGGAGAGUGCCACAUGGUUACUCCUAUGUUGGUUGUAAUGACGGUCCUUUGACCA